AGUAGGUACGGUACCGUCUUAGCAGUAGUUAUUAUUAGUAGGUUACCGGUAUCGUAUGUCAUUUUUAUUCAAAUAUUCGGGUUUUUUGUGCACCUUUGCACCGAUUAUUAAAAAUUAUUCUGUACAGGUGUGGAAGUGUGUUAUAUUUUUACGAUAGAAUUAAUAGGAUGUAUUGAGUUUUGUGUACGGGUAAAGUCAAAAUUUUAAGUUCAACUUGAAUUAUAUAAGUAGUCUGAAAGAUUUUCAUCUCUGAAGGAGUUUCAAUUUUCAAUCAAUAAUUUAUAAUAGAGAACGGUGAAUAAACAAAAAAUGCCGAUGACAUCUUCCAUGUUAUUAUGCCGGAAAAAGACCAACAUGGAGGGUUUAAUUUCUCAUAACUCUGGUCAAGUGGUAGAAAUGAAAUAUAUUGCUAGUCGGAUUAAAGAGGGUGUAAACAAUGCAUUAUCAGAAGCUGAGUGUAAUCUACAAAAACGUCGUGAAAAAUUGAGAAAUAUGCUGCUAAGAGAAGAAUAUCAGUACAGUGAGGAAUAUAAAAGCAAAUUUGAAGCUUGUGAAAAGGCGCGUUUGGAUGGAAUGCAGAGGAGUCUCCAGGACAUCCGGUUGAAAGAGGAAGCUGACCGAAGAGCUUUAGCUGAAGAAAAACGACUACAACAAUACAAGGAAAGGUGCGAUGAUCUACGAUCCAAGAUCCACAGUCGUAAUAGGAAAAUUCUGACUCAUAUACACGAACUGCAGAUAAAAGACAAACUAGCGCAAGAAAAGCGAGAUAGAGAGCGCGAUGAAGUGUACAAUAAACUAAUAAAAAAGGAUGCCGAAGAUAAGAAAGAGUACGAGAAAAAAAUGGAGGAUGAAAGACAGUACCGUCUGAAAGAGAUAGCGAAAAUUUAUGAACAGCAAUUAGAGGAGAAGAGAUUAAUUGAGAGAGAGCAAGAGCGAAUGAGAGUGGAGGAAGCAAGGCUUGCCGAAGAGCUGCGUUUACAAAUACAAAAGGAAAAAGAUGAAGAGAAGGAGAAGAACAUGAAAGCGCGACAAAAAUGUCGUGAAGAAAUGGAAGAACAGUUGAAAAGAGCUAAAGAGCUGCAAGAAUGGAGGAAAGCUGAGAAAAAGGAAACUGAUAGAGCGUUCUGUGAGUUGAUACAAUAUGAAUUGGACAAAGAAAGAACGGCCAAUGUCGAUCAAAAGAGACAAAUGAGAAAAGAAAUGGAGCUGUUCAGAGCGUACCUUGAGGAAAGAAAAUUCGAACAAGAACAAUCGCAAAGAAAGUUAACACAGCUACGACACAAAGAAAAUGAAACACUUGAGAUGGAACAAAAUCGAAUAAAAAUGCAAGUGGCAGCUGCUAAAGAAGAGUUGAAACAGGAAGUAUUGAGGGAACGGUCAAGACAACUGGAGAUGAAACAAUUGAAAUCCAAAGAAGAGAAAGAGAAAAAAGCUCUAGAAGAUGAAAAAUUGCAGAAACAAUACAGAAAAAUGGAAGAGAUGGAAAAAGAGAGAAAACUGAACGAAGCUAUUAAGAAGAGGAUGUAUGGAAAACUAUUGAAAGAACAAGAAAUGGAGAAGAAGCUAGCCGAGGAAAGGCUGAGACAAAAUGAAGAAAAUCAACUAAAAAAGGAACUUAUGCGCGAAGAGCAGUACCUGAAAAACGCAGAAAAAUUAUUUUUAGAUGAAAUGACUCCAAAGAAACAUCCGUUCAUGAGGAAAUUUGAAUUUGGUCCAUAAAUUUGGUUUAAUACACUCCUUUAUUAUAAAGAAGUUUAAAACUUUUAACUUUUCGUAGUCAAUAUGUAGUGAACAAAUUUGGAUUGAGGUCUUUUUUAAUAGUAGACUACCGUUUUGUAUCGUAUAGCAUUUGCAAUUUGUCCAAUCAUACAAGGAGUUUUAUAUAAACUAUUGACCUUGGAUCUUUUUAAUGUUUAAAAUAAAUUUGAUUGAUCCACAAA